CGGGAGAGCAGGGAUCGUCAGCGACCUCCAUGAAGCAGCUAUUGCAGACCAGGGGUCAGGCAAUCACAGCGCUUCCACAUGCCUGCCUCCUCAAAGAGCGAGCCUCUGAGCACUCUCGCGAAGGAGCUUGGACUGGUCAGCCGCCCACACCCUCGCGGGCGUUUGCCUCUCCCAGGGCUCGCCCUCCCAAGCGAGCAGCAUCGGGGCGCGCUGCAGUCCUCGCCGGCGGUCGCCUACCACGUCGUUGAGAUCUGCGUGGGCCACGUGUUCAGAGGCAUCGGCUUUGCGAGGAUGCCUCGAGCGAGGGGCCUGCGGGACACGCCCAGCGCGCCCCGUGGUUGAGUGCGAUAUCCUCAUCAUGGAUUCGGGCGAAAUCGACACGAACAUGGGCCACCUGUGGAUCCUAGGCAUGCCUUUCUUCAGCGCCUACCACACCACAUUCGACCUCGGUUCUCCCGGCGGGAUGGACAAGGCCAAUAUGAGGAUCCACCUGGCGCCCACGGGCGGCAGCUGCGGUCCCUCCAGGACGAGCGACGCCGACAGGAAGCUGCGGAAGAUCGACUGGAAGAAGGUGCGCAGACCCGCGUGGCUGCGUUCGGCCAAGGAGAAGGCCGCCAAGGAGAAGGCGCUCGGCGGAGGCAACGUCACGUUUGCGCUCUGA